GCAAACGGUUGUCGUUUUCAGCACGGGACAGAUCCUGCACCCUCUCACUGCAACAUGGCGACAGAGUUUCAUAACCUUCAGGAGCUGAGGCACAGUGCUUCGCUGGUAACAAAGGUGUUUGUGCAGAGAGACUACAGUGAAGGAACCGUCUGCCGCUUCCAGACCAAGUUCCCCUCAGAGCUCGACAACAGGAUUGAGCGAACCUUGCUCGAGGAGACGGUAAAGACCCUGAACUCUUACUAUGUGGAGGCCGAAAAAAUCGGAGGUCAGUCGUACCUGGAAGGAUGUUUGGCUUGUGCAACAGCUUAUAUGGUGUUCCUCUGCAUGGAGACACGCUAUGAGAAGGUGCUGAAGAAGAUAUCAGGGUACAUCCAGGAGCAGAAUGAGAAGAUCUACGCUCCUAGAGGUCUGCUGCUCACAGACCCCAUAGAGAGAGGAAUGAGGGUUCUAGAGAUCAGUGUGUUUGAAGACCGGGGCUCGGGCAGCUCCAGUCCCAGCAGCAGCAUGUCUUCGGCAGGCAGCAGCGCUCGGUGACUGGAGGGGCAGCGCCAGGCUUACGGGUACCACCACAGGGGCAGCGGGACUCUUACCAACAUCCGCAUGCUGAAACAUGAGAGCACCAGGUUCUAAGACGAGUGGAGAGCGAAAAAGGCGAGGAGGUGAUCAACAGCAUUCACACUCUCCCUGCUGGGGCCUACGAUGUACCACCACGAGAACAGGAGCUGGCUUACACAAACACACUGGAUAACAGAAUAAACACAAGUGCAACAGAACCCACACAGCUAGCAGACACACGCACAAGCCAACAUCCAGAGUGUCUGUGAGGGAAUGUCUUUCAUUCUCCAACAGCUAUCCAAACCAAAAUCUUUUGUUCCAAUUUUUCCUUUCACCUUCCCUCUCAUUCCAUCACGUCUGUUCCAUGAGUCACACCAUCUCUGUCGUACAGCUGAUUCAGCGGGCUUACCCUUGAUUAGACUGGAUGUCAGUGCUUGAUUGUUUCCAGGGGGGUCACUGUCACUAUGUCUAUCUGCUGACGCAUUGGCAGUGUAGUCUGAGGUCUGUGCAGCAGCUCUGAAAUCUGGACGGAGGAAAACUACCAGCCUCUUGGGAGACCCAAUGUUCUCCGGUCUCGCUGAAUGAUUGCAUUCAUGUCAGGUGGUUGGGGUCAAGCCGCUUUGAAUGCUGGCAAAUUGGGCCUGCUGUGGGACCGCUCUGCUCUGUGCUCUGUUCACAUGCAUUUGGCUUCAAUAUCAAACAGCUAACAGAGAGCACCUUGGAUUAUUUAUCCUUCUCAUUCACAGCAGUGGAUACUAGUGAUCCACAUCACAGCUGCAGGUCACACUCCUACGCAUACACACACACACACGCAUACAAAUGUACACAACCGUGCCCAAGUACUCGUACAGACACUAGUGAGGGGACAUGCACGCACAUGCAUACUGUAUACACAUAACUGUGGCUAGUGGCCGUGAGUUCCUGCACACAAAAUCCUGGCAGACGUGGAGUUGGAGUCGAUCCUACAGACAAUAUUCUCUGUGGUCUCAGCUCAUUGGGAACGCAAGCAAACCCAGGCAGGCCCUGUAAGUCUGCGCUAGUUUCCCUGGUAGUGUGUACAUGUAUCUGGCGUGUUGUGCACAGAGUGUCUGCAGGUCCUUAAAAAGCCUUAAAAUGUCUUCAAUUCAAUUUUAUAAAUAUAGGGUCUGAAAAGUCAUUAAAAAGUCUUUGAUUGAAUACACAGGAUGGCAAUCUGGAACUGCAAAAAUAUAUCAAUGACGAAGGAAAUAUUAAAGAGCCUUUAUUACAGUGGUUCAUUGAAAGAACCAACAUGUUUCGACCACUGUAGGUCUUUGUCAGGGCUUUAAAAACUGUUUUUAAUUCUGUCUUUGUCAGGGCUUUAAACAUUUUUAAGGUCUGGCGAAGACCUACAGUGGUCGAAACAUGUCGGCUCUUAAAUGAUUUAGCUUCAACAAUAAAGGCUUUUUAAUAUUUCCUUUCUUGUUGAUAUAUUUUUGGAGUGCCAGGAUUGCAUUCCUGUGUAUCCUGUUAUUUCCCCUUUCCAUGAGCACCAGACAUAAGGUUCUCAUCUAAGUUUGAUUGUACAGAGCAACCAGUCGUCUCUUUUUACAAGUCUUAAAUGUGAAUUUGUGAGGUCCUACUUGCCACAAACAUUUUAUGUAAUAUAAUUGAUCCAUCUUUUGAUGUGUUUCUGUCAAAAUGAGUCAGGAUCUUCUGCAUUUCAGUCCACAUUUCUGAUGCUGCAAAUCUUUAAACCUACCACUGAACCUAAUACUACACUUUAUACAUGCACUGAUCUGUUGGCAAAAUGUAGAUUAAACUAACUCACACUAAUAACUACAUCUGUACAUGAAAACUAACUCUGUUCAGGACCACAUAUAGACACUUUUAGGGCUGAUGUCACGAUGACGUUAUUAGUUGGAGGCAAAACAUGAAUUGCCACCACGGGGCUGUAGAGUUUUAAAAUGUCAUCUUGAUGUGUUAUUAGGAGCCAGAACAGAAGAAGUCAUGGCUCAAAACAUACAUUUUAUCACAUACCAGCCGCAACUGCCUGUCAACAAAAAUGAAGACAACUAAGGUUAAAUGCGAUGAGAUGAAAGGACUGAACAGAAGUGAAUAUCAAAAAUGCUCACACGUGCAGCGCAUACUUCAUAUCAGGUUAGGGAGAAAGUAUUUACUGUUGUAGGGAUGAAUAACAUCCUGUGCUUUAAGGGUUAUCACGUCCACCUCAUCAGCAAUUGGGGAGGUAUUAAGAGGAAUAUUGGGUUUCUCUGUAAGGCUAACUUUUUAGCGCAUUAGCUAACAUUAGCUUUAAUAGGAAACUGCUCAAGUGUAGUCCUCCUUUGUAAGAUUGGCAUAGUAAUCGACCACAAAGCCGACCAUCCAACCUUCAGCAAUCCUGUCAAAUCAUCCAUCCACUGAGUGAGAGCAUACGGGUCGGCCAGUCUGGUCCCGUUGGUCAGUGUUUACUUAUUCAAGUAACCUGACAUGAUGCGUUCAUGAAUUCAGUCUGACACUCUACACUAAAAUGAGAGCCCCAUUGUUCAAAGAAAUAGAGCAUUUUAUGUCUAUAUGAAUUAACGAACAGUUACGUCAAUCACACAUUCACUCUUCUCGGCGCUCUGCUGCUCCAUCUCCUUAGACAGUGCCUAGAGUGUGCUCUGCCACUCUAGGAGUGCGGUGCUCUGCAUAACCAAAUGGUACAUUCUGACAGUGCUCUGAGUCCAGUUUGUGCCAGAGUGCACUUGGAAUCAAUAUUUCCGAAAGCACCCUAUGAUGAGAGACUUGUAUCAUCUUCCUCCAUCGUCAAAAACAAGCCAACAGAACUUGCUAGCUAAUGUCUGUGGAGAACUGUUUUGCCUCCAGCUAAGCCCCACCUACCAAAAACGUCAUACUGUUUACUAACAGCUAUAUAGCCUAUUUCUCACCUCUAUAUUUGCAUGCAAUCAGGGUCCAAAAUUAACACUAGCCACUAGCCAAAUGCUAGUAAAAUAAGCAAGUGGCCAGUAACCUUGCUUCACUCACCGGCCAAAAAAACAAGGGUAAUCUAUUGAGUGGCUGCUAAAGAUUGAACAUUCACUAGCCAUUUGGCCGGUGAGUCAGAAAGUUAAUUUUGGACACUGCAUGCAAUGCUUGAAUAAGAGAAAGAUGAUUUGUCAAAAAAAUGCCUUAAAUUUGGUUUAAAGUCAUCUUGAAGAGGUCUUAAAGAGCAUUAAAUCUUACUGUCUGAUACUUGUAGACACCUCUGUUGUGUGUGUGUGUGUGUGUGUGUGUGUGUGUGUGUGUGUGUGUGUGUGUGUGUAUGUGUGUGUGCCAUCAGUUCCAGCUUUACCUAGUGUGAGAGGAGCUUACUACUCAUUAGGAAGAUGUCAAAAAGCAAGGAUCAGUGUCCCAAAUGAGAGCUGAACACACAAUGUAUGUUAACCAGUACAGGUGUUGAUGACAGGUGUGUGUUUGUAUGUGAGUAUAGGUGUGUGUAGGAGAAUCAGCACACACAGUUCAGUAACCUCUGUUGGUCUGCCUGUACUGCUCAUGGAGAUGCAGAUUAUUUCUGAUUACAAAAUGCAAAAUUAAAACAGCAGUAUUAGAAACACAGAGAUAUUGAUGCAUGUGAGAUUUCAGAUUUAAAGUGUCUCUAUCUUCAAAGUCUUUCAUCUUUCACUUGUCUGUUAUGUAUCAUCAGACAUACAGGCAUUAGUUUAAUGUCAUUUUGACAGUUGUAGCUCCCUCUAGGGUCAGGCUGAGGAACUUCUGCACUUCUGAAAGUAAAAUCAUUAAAUAUAUUUGAGUAUAAAGCCAAAGAUAGCAUGAUCCAAACCUAAUAAGCUCCUUAAUGAAACCUAAUAUUCAUGUAACACUACUUAUUCACUCAACCGCACUGCCGUGCAGGUUCCCUCGUAGUUCAGUAUCCUCAGCACACACUGACAAUGCAGCCUGAGGAGCAUGUAUUCUGUCUCUCUCUGAGGGAAAUAAUGCUUCCUGUCUGGCUCAUGUGUGUGUGGAGUCUGAUGAGACAAAGGAUGAUCAUUAUGUAGCAAAAAUGUUGAUGCAAGUAGACAGCACGCCCACACAGCGACCUGAAAAAACUUCAGCCCUGUUUCAGUGUCUGCAUAUUUUUAUUUCUUUUUCCACAGUGUGUCUUCUGCUUUAUUUUACCAUUUUUUGUUUUGCUUUCUUUAAACUCACCUCAUAACAUGAUCUAUAAAUCAACCUGGAGAGCGUAGCCCUUUGUCUGUUCUUCAGCCACAUCGUUAGCUUUGAGCAAAACCCUCAGCAGAGCCCCUGCCUUGCAACCAGCCUUGUGUACUUUCACCAGAGCAGUGUCAGGUUGAAGUUAAACCGCCCACUGGCUUCAGUCCAGCGGACAGUUUGAUUCCAGCUUGACAUUUUACUACCUGGACAAGUGAGAUGAGCCUACAAAGACAUUUUCCCACAGCAGUUGACUUCAGUUGUGCUUGUGUUCAGCCUCCUGUUCUUUUCGAUGCCUUCAUGUUUCAUCCCAGUGGAAUGGAUACCCGACCUGGGGCUGAUGGACUGACCAAUUAAAAACUGACUCAACACUGCCAAUAAGCGAAUAAAGAAGCUCAUUGGACAAUGUAUAAAGAAAAAACACAGUGAGUGUGUAUGAACUGUACAGGAGACGGACUGCACUGUACAUGCUUGUCAAUGAUCAUCCAUGCUGAGUCUGUGAAGUGUAAAGAAGUGGAUGGAAACGCCAUAAUGCUAUUUAAUUCCAAAACAUCACUGUUGCCCAGUAUUAGUCCCUGAAGACAUUUUUAAUGUUUUGAUAUCAUCUCUAAUUUGGGCAUCAAGUGACAGAGCAGCUAUAAAAGCAUAUUGUCUGUACAGCUGUGAGCUGCUGUUUAGUUUCUUCUGUAGAAUGAAGAUAACCUUUAGAUUUGUCCAAAAACAAGUGUUGAUAAUGUAGCUGGUGAUAUUGUUAGUAAUAAUAACAAUGUCAGUUAUCAUGGUGGUGAUAAACAGAGGGGUGAUGAUGAUGAUCCUCAGGGGGAAGGCUGAAAUGUGCCAAAUUUAAAGGCUAAAAUUCUUAAAGGAUAAGUUCACAUGUUUAUUAUGCUAACAGUUCUAUAGACGGCACUGCUGGUCUGUGAGUUGGUCCACAGCUUUCCACACUGAAUAUAAAAUGUCCCAACAAGUUUUGGAUGGGUUGACACUAAAUGUAGUUUGUGUGUUCGUGGUGCACAGAGGACGAACGCUGCCGACUCAUGAGGUAUUUUCAGACCAAACACUUCUGGGAGGAAUUAUUUCCUGGGGAACUUUUUUUUCCAGUUUGUAUUCGCACCACUAAUAGGAACGCUGAGGCAACGUAAGCUGGCCUACACCUAUUUUGCUUUGAUGAGUCAAAAUCGUGUUGGUUGUCCCCUGUCAUAUGUAUGCUCAGUAAAGCCUGGACUUUACUGCAAAUGCAGUCGUCCAUGUUCUCUUCCAUUUUUCUUGUUACGAGCUGUUGUUUGUGUUUUAAGGUCUCUAUUGUUUACACAGUUAUUGCUCGUUUAAAAAAUGGUGGUUCCCGGUGCUGAAUUGGCUCAUGUGUUGACCAAUCACUGUUCACUUCUGUCUCUCAAUUUUCCUCUUGUGCUGGGAGAAAUUUUAUGCUGGGUUCACACUACAUGAUAUCAGCUGGAGCGUCGUACAGAGUUGGCUCAGAUCGUGAACAGCGAUGAGUGUCGUGCGUGAUAAUCCAUCGUUUCAUCUCAUGUAGUGUGUCAUGGUAGACGACAAUCGACGCCACAUCUGGGACAUCUCACAAUGUCCUGACAGAAAGUCUAACAUGUUUGAUUUUCUUUUUGUUGUUCAUGACUUCCCCCAUCACAGCGGACCAAUAGAGACACAGAGCGAUCUGCUGUCGUGGACAACUGUAUGUCAACAACACCCCAGCCUUUUUUGAUAUUUUCGCUAGUGAAGACCAAACAGCAGAGUGCUACAUUAGAAACAGGCCAUUAUUUAUUAUUCCCUCUGAAUUUUUCAAUAUUUACCACUCCUGUUUGCCUUAUUACACUUAAUACAUCACUUCCUGUACCCGCUUGAAAGUUAAAGCAUUAUAAUUUCCGUUAAGAGAAUCCCCUCAAUUUCCAAACAGGCUUUUAUUGUGAAAUAUUUGCAGGAACUUGUUGUGGAGGAUUCAGUGACUUGCAUAAAUUGCAUGUAGUACUUAAAAUGUAUCUUCUGCCAUCUGGUGGUGCUUUCUACAUUACUAUAAAAACAUUUCAGCUGGCACAUGAACAGCCAUGGUGAUUGAAAUAAUAGUAAAAUUAAUAAAAAAAUAAUGCAAGAAUAACCCGAUGACAUCACAAAUGAAGUGAAAGACGACCAGGGAUGAUUGGUUGUGGACCAUCGUGUAGUUUGUCAGGCCUUAGGCCAAGUCACAGCACGAUUUUAUGACUCCUGAAGACUAAAGUGUUGUGCAGUGUGAACCCAGCAUUAAUCUGAAAUGGGAAUUUAAAAAAAAAAACGUCCCUCAAAACAGCGUUCUCUUGUGGUGCAGACACAAUAAAAAGGAGGAUUCUUGGAAAUGUGAAGUUCCUCCGGUCCAAAAACAGCUAUUGUGUUCAUUUUAAGUACCCCCAUACCAUAUAUACAUUGGCGGACCAGUCACAAUUACAACCAAUAACCCUUUCAAUGACUCUUUUAAUGAAUAUAUGGGCGUAUGAAUAGUGUAUUAAGACAAACUCUGAAAAAUCUGAACCUAUCCUUUAAGACUGAGGUGAAGAAGAAGCACUGUGUGCCAUAUUACAAAGCGUUAUGUAGCUUGUUCCAUCAGGAACAACUUCUUUGAUUAAUGAAGACAACCAAGGGAGUGAAGAUUACGAUAUUAAAUGUAUCCUCGUAAAAAGAUGUGCACUGAGAUAUAUAAGAACAUUAUCACGCAGCAGAUUAAACUUUGGGUCCUUGAUCCUCUAUCAUGCUGACUAUCAAGAUAACCUCUGUGCCAACACUAGUCUCUAGAGGAGAAGGGGAGAUAUAAAACCUGUUGGCCAAGUGAUGAUGUAUAGUCCUUUUCUGUAUGUAAAUUCCCACAUGUCCUAUAUUUAUCUUGUACUGUAUUUGAGAGUGCAGCAAGUUCGUUCAGACCCAUGGAGUCAUGAGUACUGUAUAUGUAUGUUAUGUUGUUCCAAGUGAGAGAUUAUUCAUAGUGCAAUAUGAUGUCUUCCUCAAAAUGUAAAAAGAUGAUGUGUAGAGUUUUGGUACCAGCCUCUUUGAGUUGCUUUGAGUCCUUGGAGAGACUAAAACUGCAUUGAUGUUUAAUGCUGCAUGAUGUGUGUGUAAACAAAGCGAGAUGACAAGAAGUGAAAUCCCAGAUCAACAAAGCCCCUCAGUUGUGCUGCUAAGAGAGAGUAAUUUAUAUCUUAUCUUGAUGCUAUUUAUGUGUUUACAUCAGAUUAUUUACAUAUUAAUUGAAAUGGAUUUAUGUAUGUUUUUUCUCAAAGCUGAUUAUUAUUCAGAGCCUGCGGAGAAGAGUUUCAACUGUCUCCAAGAGAUGAAUAAAGUGUCUGAGGAAGUU